ACACACACACACACACACACACACACACACACACACACACACACACACACACACGGAAUUCUGUCUGGUGAGGGAGAGGGCAGAACAUGAUGAAGACAUGAUCCUGAAGAAAAGAGCUGAUAUUUAACAGAAGAGACACCAAAACAGCCGCCGUCCUCUCUCCUGUGAGAAGAUGCCUCCUGCUCUGAUGAUACUGAUUUUGUCCACGUUAUCUGUAUGUCUGGCAUCAAAUACGGUCGACACUUCCAGCACUGAAAAUAUAUCAACAGAGUCUUUCCAGGAAGAAGUCUCAGAGAGGUGCAUUGCAGAUUCUGUGGCUCUCCGCAAUCAACCCUUUGUGACCCCUGAGACUGUGUUCCAGCUGGUGAAUGCAUCCUGCAACUUCAUCCAGGCCUUCCACUACUGCCAGAACCAGUUCAGUUCCCUCACCUUUCAGGGUAUGCAUGAGGAUGAAGAGGGCAUGAGACAGGUUCUGGCUCAGACCCGGAUGCACUUGCCGGUUUGGGUCAGAGAGAGCAACGAACUCAAGUCCGGAUCCACACAAGGUCUUUUCAAACAGAAUGUUGUCCUCUCAGGAUUGUCCUUCUCUGGCAACUCUAAAGAUGGGUACGCUCGUGUGGAGGCCUCGUUCCCACCACUGUCUGCAGUCAGCGUAUGCCUUCGUGCCCAGUUUACACAACACCAUGAAGAGGUGUCCACUCUGUUCUCAUAUGCUGCACCCACCUUGACAAAUGAAUUCCAGCUCCGCGGAUGCUUAGACAAGACCAAGCGGCAGGUUCUCCUGGCCCUCAUAAUCCACGGGAAGCACCACUCUUACAAAGCUUGGUUUCCAAACAACGGGGACUGGCAUCAGAUUUGCGUUACUUGGCAGAAAAAUGAUGGACUGUGGAAUAUUUAUGUGGAUGGCGAAAAGCGUGACUCCGCCACUGCCAAAGCUCCAUCCCGGGAUAUCUAUGGACAUGGAAUAUUUAUUUUGGGACAGGACCAGGAUUCUUUUGGGGGGAAUUUCACUGAGCCAUUUUUGGGCAACAUGACGGAUCUGAAUAUUUGGAAUUUGUGGCUUGCCGAGAAAGAGAUUCGGACACUUUUCACCUGUUCAGAUGGCUUGAAUCCACUGCCGUUCUUCAGUUGGCACAAGCGCAACUUGACUCUCCACCCUGUUGUAAAGGAAAUUUCAGGGAUGGUGCAAUGCCCCGGUUUGCUACAACAGAAGCAUAAAGACCAGGAUUCCUGCAGAGUUCUACGUGACUUUAGUUAUGGUGGACCAACAUACAGCGCGACCCCUUGUUCAAACACUCAUCCCUUCAUUUGCAAAAUUAGCAAAGAUCGCUAUCUGAAGAAGAAAGAGCUGAAGGAGUCGUUGAUUUCGAACCCAAGCCCCUUUAUGCAACACCUCAUGAAUGAAGGCCUGACCACCAGCGAUAUCCUCGAUAUGCCUGACGCAGACGACACCUGGCCUAGAGUUUCUCACCUGCUUAACAUCUCUGACUAUUACAUGCGGGAGUCCCAGGACCACCUAGAGAGCAGGGAUGUUCCAUCUCUACUUGGGAUACUGUCUCGUGUUGCCGAGCUUCCUACCACAAGCGGCCAGAGCCAUGCAACAGCACAUGCACUCGGCCACAGCUUCAUCAGUCUGGCAGAUACACUCAUCAGUGAGGAGGUUAUGGACAAGUGGGAGACCAUCAGAGAGGUCGUUACUGGACCAAUGGUUGUUGUACGGACGAUCGACCGCAUGGCAUCUAACCUCAGCCCACUGCUACUGGGGGCAACAGGCGACGUGCAAAUAUACAGCAGCAAUAUCAAACUGCAGGUCAAACAGAAGAACGUGACUGAGAGUUCUCUUGCAUCAGAGUUCUGCAGUUUCAGCACAGGUCCUGACUGCAUCUCUGUUCCACCUCAAAGCAUGAGGGAGCUCUACAAUGAAGGCUUCGGGAAGGUGACCCUGUUAAAUGCGUGGUACGGCUCCUUAAGGCCACUUUUGAAUGGAAAGGAGAACAUCACGCUCCUUCCCACCAGCACUGACUCCUCUUUCAAAUAUAAGGGGACAGUCCUGGGCUCAUCACUCAUUUCCAGCACAGUGAUGGCUGAUGGGAAGUUUGUGAGUCUGGGUGUGCAGUAUACACUCCGCCAUCAGACUCAGAACACUUCAGGAUUCGUUCUUAAGCCCAUCUGUGCCUUUUGGGAUUUCGGGCUCCUGGCAGAAGACAGAGGUCGAUGGUCAACUGAUGGCUGUGAGGUCAUUUCAUCAGAAAAAGACAUGACGUCAUGUUACUGUAACCACACCACCAACUUUGCCUUGCUGCUCCAGAUUUACGAGGUUCAGCGCACCCCAGAGGAUGAGCGAGGCCUUCAGAUACUAAGCUUUGUUGGUUGUGGAGUGUCUCUGUGUGGACUGAUCUUCACCUUCAUCCUCUUCAUUGCUGUCAGUGUCCCGAAAUCUGACCGCACCACAGUGCAUAAAAAUCUGAUAGUUGCUCUGGCUGCAGCUCAGUUUCUCCUCAUCUUCAGCUACUGGGCCUCAGCGAACCAGGAGCUGUGUUUGUUGGUGACGGCUCUCCUGCACCUCUUCUUCCUGGCCUCUUUCUCCUGGAUGCUGGUUGAAGGGCUUCUGCUCUGGAGCAAAGUCGUCUCUGUGAACAUCAGCGAGGACAGACGAAUGAGAUUUUACUGCCUGGGCUGGGGUGUGCCCAUUGUCAUUGUCUCCGUAACCUUGACAGUGUCGCAAAAGUACAAGGCGGAGCAGCAUUGCUGGCUCAACACCGAGUCUGAUAUUAUUUGGGCUUUUGCGGGGCCUGUACUGUUUGUUCUUAUGGUCAACACUGUGGUCUUGUGCCGGGUUGUUAUGGUAACCAUCUCUAGUGCCCGGAGACGGGCCAAAAUGCUGGCACCAAGCUCCGCCUCCAAAUCCAAGCCAGUGGAUCUGACCUGGGCAGCAACACGGCCUGUCUUGAUUCUGAUGCCGGUUUUGGGUCUAACAUGGCUGUGUGGGGUUCUGGUGCACCUGUCUGUGGUUCUGGCUUAUCUGUUUGUUGCACUUAAUGCCUUCCAGGGAUUAUACAUCUUCCUGGUGUAUGCGGUUUAUAACAGUGAGGUGCAGAAUGCUAUAAAGAGAAUUCAGGAGAAGAGGAAAGCUCUGUCAUUCACUAAUUGCUCGCCACCAAUCAGCUUUGUGCCAUCUCAGAGAACUCCUGGUGCAUCAUGGGUAGACAGCUUGCCCACCCCUUCCAGCCCAGAGAGCAGUAGCUCAAGUCACAUGACCAAUUCCACAGUCAACUCGCUUGUCAUUAAGAAUGAAAGUUUUGGAAAUGACAAACCAGUGAUCCUCCCCAUUAAACCAUCAGUGGAAAAUCCACCAGUCCAGCUGAUGGCCUUCAAACCUUCAGCCUGUUGAAAACACAACACUGGUGGACUUAACAUGCUGCUGACAUAACCCCCCCCCCAAACACACACACACACACACACAUGCACACAUACACACACGCACGCACACACACACUCACACACAGAGUGAAGCAGCUGGAGAAGAGCGGGCCUCUCCCACACUGCAGUCCACCUCGUUCCCAGGGUAAAAGUGAAACAGUGCUCUGUGUGUGUGUGUGUGUGUGUGUGUGUGUGUGUGUGUGUGUGUGUGUGUGUGUGUGUGUGUGUGUGUGUGUGUGCCUGUGCCUGUGUGUAUGUGUGUGUGUGUGUGUAUGAGAUAACAUUGCUGAAGUUAUACUGGGUUUCUGCUUUUCACUCUUUACACACUCACACUGUUUAAAAUGAAGCGUAGUUAGUGUUAGGAGUGAACACACCGUGUCGUAUCUUCAGACCAGACGGCUUCAGCUGUCAGUGAGACGCUUUAACUGGUUCAUGUAGAUACACUGUACUGCUGCAAAAAAAAUCAUUACACACUGACGUAUAAAACACACUGAAAUAAACACUACACACGAAAGUAAACACUACACAAUAAAGUAAACACUACACACUAAAGUAAACACUAUACACUGAAGAAACAAUAUACACUGAAGUAAACACUAUACACUGAAGUAAACUUUACACACUGAAGUAAACACUAUAUACUGAAGUAAACAUUACACACUGAG